GUGACUUGUGACUUUCUUACUGUCAUGUUAGAUGUGCUCUUCAUGUUACUUUUUUGACCUUCAAAUAAUGUUAUUAUCGAUUUGUAACCACGGUUUAUAACACGUAGAUCUUCGACGCUGUUUUGAUGUUACUGACUACGAUACUUUUGUGUUUUUCCGUAAGCAGUUUUCUGGUCUUAUGUUACCACAUGGCUCUGAAGAGUUGCUCACAAAGAAAUACCGAAGAAUGCAAGAACUCUCCAUGCAAGGCUUUAGACCCUGUAGGCAAGCUCUCAAAAAUCUGCCCCUCCGACUUCGACGAGAGUUCCGAUUACUUCGAAGAGCGUCACAUUUCCAUCCGUGCCCUCGCGGAGCACUCGCCAGCAAUUAUACCCAGAACCGUGAGAAAGCGCAGCAAAUUAACCCAAAACCGUCCACGUAAUCGAUCUGAAGAACGGACGGUAGUGCGAAAAACAAAAAGUCAUGCAGAUUUAACAGCUCCCGUUCAUAACGCCACUCUCCAAAGAAGGUAGAACUACGAUUGAAAGAAGCUAAUUCCUAGGAAAGAUGUGAUGAUGCUGUAUGUAAAAGGUGAAAGGUGUAACAUUGUUUUUAGUGAUUUGGUUCUGUUGAACAAUGAAUGAUGAAUAAACAGAAGGUGGAAGGCGACGCGAGAAAAGACAAUGUCAGCCAGAGUCGUGGGAUGAUUGUUGAGCACCUGUGCUUUAAGAUAUCCCCAUAAAAAAAUCGGAGAGGGCUAAGUCAGGCGAUUGGGCUGGCCACUGCAGAUCGCC